AUUAAUGCGCAGAUUGCUCUUGUUAGCAUACCCCGCAGUUGGUGCCAGUCAUCAAACAGUUUCUUACAAUAGGCAAGGCUCCACCCCUUCUUCUGUGGCCAGCAAUACAACCACCACCAACAUACUGCUCACUAUCUCUCAUACUUUUUUGCAGUUGGAUAUCGUCGUGACUUGCAAACCAUCAUGGCUGUUCAGCCAUUAUCAGAAAACUCCAAACCAUUGGUUCUCUUUCGCGCCGAGUGCUGGAGAAACAGCAGCUACAUAGAAGGCUACGUGUGCGCACGGAGAACGAACUACGAAGGCCCACCAUCAUGGCAAGAGUUUGAUGAUCAUCACUCCUGGAGAAGGGUUACCACACGAUUUCUAUCUUUCGGCACUUGGAAGCGAGCCCUUCAGCGACAGAAACAGUUGGAAAAUGAACGGGAAGAGAACAUCGUGGUGAUUGCCGUGUGGGCGGAACAUAUGACACGUGUAUUCAGUGCGAAGGAGGUUGCAACCAGGCUUGCAUAUCGUGAUCCAGGCCUGUAUGGCGAGGAAUACCUUGUUGAAGGCGGCAUUGUGGCUGACGAUUAUCGGGUUCUCGCUGUCUUCGAGGGUGGGGGUCCUGCUCGCAAUGUAGUCUUCGCAUGGCCUUUUUAUGAAGCUUCAACAACAAUUCCGAGCGAAUUCUUCCCUGGACUCAGAUCGCACAACGCACUGGAGGAUAUAGCAGAUGAAAUAUACAGCCGUUUGGGAGCACGUGACGAUAGGAAGCGAGAUAAGCUUGCGAAAGCAAUCUUGGGAAGUCCUUGGUUUUUACGACAAUUCGACACAGGCCCGUGAAGUCACUUGGUCAAUUUCGCCGCAGGUUCGCAUCCAGAUCUUUUGAUUUUUAAAAAAUCCCGUCAGGUUCCGCAGCAAUGUGUAAUUGGAAAUCCUUUUAGUUUCAAUCUCAG